UCACUUCAUUUGGAGCUAUAAGUUGCUGUGGCAGACCCUGUUGAGGACAAGUGUACUUUGACUCCAGGAGCCAAACGUUUGCUGUCGGUCUCUGCUGCUGGCUGAUCCAAGUGGGAGAGGGAAGGAUGUCUAACAACAUGGCCAAGAUUGCAGAUGCUCGAAAAACAGUGGAGCAGUUGAAACUGGAGGUCAACAUAGAGAGGAUGUUGGUAUCCAAAGCAGCAGCUGAACUGAUGGCCUACUGUGAAGCUCAUGCCAAAGAGGACCCCCUGGUGACUCCAGUACCUUCAUCUGAGAACCCGUUUCGAGAGAAGAAAUUAUUCUGUGAAAUCCUAUAACCCUCUU